GAUAGUAAAAAAAAUUAUUUGUCUACUACAAAUAUAUAAUAUGUGAUAAUAAUAUUUUUUUUUGAUAUAUGUGAAAUACACAGAUGGACAUAAUCUCAGGACAAGCUCUUCUCCUCCUCUUUUGCUUUAUCUUAUCAUGUUUUCUUAUCUUCACCACCGCAGGAUCUCGACAGAACUCUCGCGGAGCCACCGAGCUGCCUCCAGGACCUCCGCGUUUACCGAUCAUCGGAAAUAUUCACCUCGUCGGAAAACAUCCACAUCGCUCAUUCGCCGACCUCUCAAAAACUUAUGGACCAGUCAUUAGUCUUAAGCUUGGAAGUUUAAAUACAGUGGUUAUAGCUUCACCAGAAGCUGCGAGAGAGGUUUUACGAACACAUGACCAGAUUUUGUCUGGCCGUAGCCCCACUAACGCUAUACGGUCCAUCAAUCACCAAGAUGCUUCCCUUGUCUGGCUUCCUGCGUCGUCGGCUCGUUGGAGGCUGUUUAGAAGAUUGUCGGUUACUCAGCUUUUCUCACCACAGCGUCUCGAAGCCACGAAAGGCAUGAGGGUGAACAAGGUGAAGGACCUUGUGGGCUUCAUAAAUGAAAGCAGCGAUAGAGAAGAAUUUGUUGAUAUUUCUCGUGCAUCCUUCAUCACAACUCUCAAUAUCAUAUCGAACAUUCUGUUUUCCGUCGAUCUUGGUAGCUACAACGCGAAAGAUUCCAUUAACGGGGUUCAAGACACGGUGAUUAGUCUUAUGGAGGCUGUAGGGAAACCAGACGCUGCUAAUUACUUUCCAUUGCUGAGGUUUCUUGAUCUGCAAGGUAAUAAGAAGACUAUGAAAGUUUGCACAGAGAGGUUGUUUGGGGUUUUCCGUGGGUUCAUUGAUGCUAAGAUUGCGGAAAAAUCAUCUCAGAGUAACCCCAGAGAUAUUUCGAAGAACGAUUUCGUAGACAACCUUCUGGAUUACAAAGGAGAUGAAGCAGAACUCAAAAUUAGCGAUAUUGAACACUUUGUCUUGGAUAUGUUUACAGCAGGCACGGACACAAGCUCAAGUACCGUAGAAUGGGCAAUGGCAGAGUUACUAAGAAACCCUAAAACGAUGGUGAAAGCUCAGGCCGAGAUCGAUCGUGUGAUAGGCCAAAACGGUAUCGUUGAAGAGUCAGAUAUCGCAGAACUGCCGUAUUUACAAGCAGUUGUGAAGGAAACAUUCCGGUUACAUCCGGGUGCUCCGUUUCUUAUCCCGAGAAAAGCAGAAUCCGAUGUGGAGGUUCUUGGGUUUAUGGUGCGUAAAGAUACUCAAGUUUUGGUGAACGUAUGGGCCAUAGGAAGAGACCCGAGUGUGUGGGAGAAUCCGACCCGGUUCGAGCCAGAGAGGUUUUUAGGGAAAGAGAUUGACGUGAAAGGUAAAGAUUAUGAGCUAACACCGUUUGGGGCCGGACGUAGAAUAUGUCCGGGAUUGCCUCUGGCUGUGAAGACCGUGUCUCUCAUGCUCGCUUCUCUUCUUUAUUCCUUUGAAUGGAAGCUUCCGAACGGCGUCGUUUCCGUGGACAUGGACGAGACCUUUGGUAUCACAUUACAUAAGACCAAACCGUUACAUGCCAUUCCCGUCAAGAAAACGCGCCAUUAAUUAAUCAUGCUAUAAUAGUAUAUUUUAAUAAUUUCUUUAGUGAUAGUAAAAGAGCAUGUUUAUUGGCAAACUCUUGGUUUUUAACUAAGAAACUUUCUUACUAAAAUCAACAUUUGACUCU